AUGAAAAUAAACAAAAUGAAAACUGUUAUGAAAAAAACAAAAAAGUCUGUUACGAAAAAAAAGAAAGACUUGAACAAUGUAACUACAGAUGACUUUUUUAAUCAAAAUUUUGAAAAUGAAUCGAAUAGCAACGAUAAUAAUGAUCAAGAUCAAAGUAUCUAUGAAGAUGAUGAGAGAAGUAGUGACAGUGACAUGGAUCCAGUAGAACAUAAAAAAUCAUUAAUGAAAUUAAAGAAUACAGAUCCUGAAUUCUACAAAUAUUUAAAAGAAAAUGAUAAGAACCUCUUGGAAUUUAAUAUGUCAGAUGAUGAUAAUGAUAGUGAUAAUGAUAAUGAAUUGGAUACAAGACAUAUACCUGAUGAUCAUUUAGAGGUUGCUAGUGAUGAGAGUGAUUUUGAAGUAGAUGAAGAUAGUAGCACGAAGGAUAAAAGAAAAGUCACCCUACAAUUAUUAAAAACAUGGCAAGAAGGGUUUCAAAAAGACAACUCUUUGAAAACUAUUAAAUGUGUUGUAGAGGCUUUUCAUGCUGCUUUACAAACAGUAGCUGAAUCUGUUGACCCAGAAUCUUUGCAAUAUAAAGUAGAGGGUGGUGCAGUGUUUAAUGGUGUUGUCCAAUUAUGUGUAUUAUAUUUACCGGAUACAUUUAAAAGAUUAUUGAAAUUAAAUUCAGAAACUCAAUAUCAAGUUCAUAAAGCUAAGGGAUUUAAGAAAGUAAAGGGUAUUCUGAAAUUAUAUUUAACAGAUUUAGUUAAAAUUUUACAAAAUGUAACAUCAUCUAAUAUUCUCACGGUGCUUUUAAAACAUUUGCAUCAAAUGUUACCAUAUACACAGCCGUUUUCAUCGUUAACUAAACCUUUAUUAAAGGUUUUGUUAAAAUUUUGGUCAAGUGGAGAAGAAUCUGUUCGUGUUGUUUCUUUUUUAUGCAUAUUACGUAUUAUAACGAGUAAUCGAGAAUCAGUUCUAGAAAUGCUACUCAAGGCAAUGUAUGUAAAAUAUGUUGAAAAUUCUAAAUUUGUAUCACCCACAACAUUACCUGGAAUAAAUUUUAUGAGACAUUCUUUAGUUGAAAUAUAUAUGCUGGAUAAUAAUUUAGCUUACAACCAUGCCUUCUUAUAUAUUAGGCAAUUAGCUAUUCAUUUAAGAAAUGCUAUGACUUUGAAGAGAAAGGAACAUUUUCAAGCUGUAUAUAAUUGGCAGUAUAUAAAUUCAUUGCGAUUUUGGGCAGAAUUAAUAAACCUAUCAAAAAGUGAUUCUAUGUUACAUUCACUCUUAUAUCCUCUUGUACAAAUUAUUAUUGGAACAAUAAAAGUUAUACCAACCCCACAAUAUUAUCCUCUGAGAUUUCACUGUUUACAAAUAUUAAUAGAUAUUUCUAAAGGAACCGGUACAUUUAUACCAGUAUUACCAUUUUUAUUAGAGGUNNNNAAUUCUUAUUAUUUUAAUAAGAAACAUAAGGCAGUAUCAAUGAAACCAGUACCUUUCACUUGUAUUUUGAGGAUGUCUAAGUCCCAAAUGCAGGAAAAUGGUUUUAAAGAUAAUGUAAUUGAUUCUAUAUACAAACUUAUUUUAGAAAGUGCUGCGAAAGAUAGCCACACAAUAUACUUUCCAGAUUUAUAUAUACCAUGCAUAAUACAGUUAAAGGCAUUUUUAAAGAAAUGUCGUAUUGCAAACUAUUCUAGAAAGAUUAAACAGCUAUUGGAAAAAAUUGAAGAAAAUAAAAAAUAUAUUGAGACAGAACGUAGUAAAAAUGUAUUUGAUAUAAAAAAUAUGUCGGAGAUAAAGAAUUGGGAGAACAAGAUAAAAACAGAAGAUACAUCGCUAUCAAGAUUUUAUGAAUCGUGGGUCAAAAUUCAUCAAUCUCAGAAACUUAAAUUACUUACAAAAAAUGAAGAUAUAGCUGAAUAUAAUCUACCAACAAUAAGAAAGUUAAAAAACAGAAAAUCAAGCGAAGGAAGUAUGGAAGAAAGUAGUGAAGAAAGUGAUUUUGAAUUGACAAAAAAAUCUGAUAAGGAAAAACCCGGGAAACGUUCUAAGCCAAAAAAGAAGAAAUUGAAAAUUAAGAAAAAUAUUAAUGCGAUUGAUUUACCCACAGAAGACACUGAUAUCAUGCAAGACAUGAAAAGUGACGAUUGGGAUUAG